GGACAAGUCGGACAUGUACCGUCUGAUUAGAGGGACAACCACAGAACGCGAACCUGAUCUCUUAUUGUUUUUAUGUGGAUAUUGAUUUUCUCGUUUCCUGACUGCGCUCCCCGGACUGCUUCCAUCACACUGCGCUUCAUUGGAAUGCGCGCGGCCGCUUCUCCGGACACUGAGAAGAGAGACAGCGGUGAAGGGGACAGGAAAAGAAGAGGCUCUGCGGUCUUUCAAACUCAUUUCAGAAACACGAAAAUGCCUCUCUUUUAACAGGACCGUUUUUUUCUUGGAGGUCUUUACAGUUCUGGAGACUUUUACGCAUUUUGGAGACUUUGUCUGCCGCAGGAAAUGGGUGAUGGAACUAGAUAUUGUGUUCAAUAACAGAGGAUAAUACGGUUUAUAAUAUUCUCGACCCAAGUGCACUUGUUUCCCUGCGAUGAUUGUGCUUUUGAUUGUCCUGUGCAUCGCGGAUGGAGUGCUCUCUCAGAUAAGCUACUCUGUGUCUGAGGAGGCAGACCAUGGCACCUUGGUGGGGAAUAUCGCCGAGGACCUGGGACUGGACCUUACUAAACUGGCCUCACGCCGGUUCCAAGUGGUGCCCAGCUCUCGCACGCCGUACCUGGAGGUGAACCUGGAGAACGGCGUCCUGUUCGUGGGCGAAAAAAUCGACCGGGAGCAUAUCUGCAGGCAGAGCGCCAGCUGCCAGCUCAACAUGGAGGUGUUCCUGGAGAACCCGCUGGAGCUGUUUCGGGUCGAGAUCGAGGUGGUGGACAUUAACGACAACCCGCCCAGCUUCCCGGAGACGGACAUCACGGUGGAGAUCUCGGAGAGCGCCACUCCGGGCACCCGUUUCCCCCUAGAGAGCGCGUUCGACCCGGACGUGGGCUCUAACGCUCUGCGCACUUACGAUAUCACCACCAACAACUACUUUUACCUGGAUGUGCAGACCCAAACGGACGGAAGCAAGUUCGCAGAGCUGGUCCUGGAAAAGUCGCUGGACCGGGAGCAGCAGGCGGCGCACAGGUACGUGCUGACAGCGGUGGACGGGGGUCAGCCUCCCCGGACUGGCACUGCGCUGCUCGUCGUCAAAGUGAUGGACUCUAAUGAUAACGUGCCGGUGUUUGACCAGCCCGUCUACACGGUGAGCCUCUCGGAGAACGCACCGGUGGGCAUGCUGGUCAUACAGCUGAACGCCACCGACCUGGACGAGGGACAGAAUGGGGAUGUCGUGUAUUCCUUCAGUAACCACAUAUCCAGCCGCGUAAAGGACCUGUUCAGCAUCGACCCGCGCACCGGGCGCAUCGAGGUGCGCGCAGAGGUGGAUUUCGAGGAGAGCAGCCUCUAUCAGAUCUUCGUCCAGGCCAAGGAUAUGGGGCCGAACGCCGUGCCCGCGCACUGCAAAGUGCUGGUCAAAGUCAGCGACCUGAACGACAACGCACCGGAGAUCACCUUCAGCACAGUCACCGAGUCCGUGAGCGAAAAGGCUGCUCCCGGCACCGUCAUCGCGCUGCUGAGCGUGACCGACCGGGACGCGGAGGAGAACGGCCAGAUGCACGUGGAGAUCCUCGGCGACGUGCCGUUUAAAUUGAAAACGUCCUUUCGGAAUUAUUUCACCAUAGUGACCGACGGCCCGCUGAACCGGGAGCAGGCGGACUCCUACUCCGUCACCGUGGUCGCGCGGGAUAAAGGGACGCCGUCGCUCGCUGCCAGCAAGUCCAUCCGAGUACAGGUGUCGGACGAGAACGACAACGCGCCCACGUUUGCGCAGGCCAUCUAUGAUGUGUAUGUGACCGAGAACAACGUGCCGGGCGCGUACAUACACGCCGUGACGGCUGUGGACCCGGACGUCGGGCAGAACGCGCUCAUCAGCUACUCCAUAUUAGAGUGUGACAUCCAGGGCAUGUCGGUCAAAACCUACGUGUCCAUCAACGAGGAGACCGGCUACCUUUACGCGCUCCGGUCCUUUGAUUAUGAGCAGUUGAAGGAUUUCACUUUUAUGGUCCAGGCCAAAGACGCGGGCACCCCGGAGCUCUCCUCCAACGCCACGCUGAAAGUCAUCAUCGUGGACCAGAACGACAACGCACCCGUUGUGCUGGCCCCACUGGGGAAAAACGGCACCGCCAAGGAGCCCCUGCCGCGCUCCGCCGAGCCGGGCUACCUGGUGACGCGCAUCGUGGCCAUGGACGAGGACGACGGCGAGAACGCGCGGCUGUCCUACAGCAUCCAGAGGGGGAACGAGAACGGCAUGUUCCGGAUGGACUGGAGGACGGGCGAGCUGCGCACGGCGCGGCGCGUGUCGGUCAAGCGCGACCCGCACCAGCUGUACGACCUGCUGAUCGAGGUGAGGGACCACGGCCAGCCGCCGCUGUCCUCCAGCGCCAGCGUGCUGGUGGUGCUGGUAGACAGCGUGGUCGAGGGCCGAGGCGCCAGGGACCGGGGGAGCACUGCCAAGACCAAAGACGGGACCCUGGACCUCACGCUCAUCCUCAUCAUCGCCCUGGGCUCUGUCUCCUUCAUCUUCCUCCUGGUCAUGAUCGUGCUGGCCGUGCGCUGCCAGAAGGACAAAAAGCUCAACUUGUACUCCUGCCUGACCAGCGAGUGCUGCCUGGGCUGCAGCUCGUGCUGCUCGCGACAGGGCCGCGCGCGCAAGAAAAAGCUCAACAAGUCGGAUAUCAUGCUGGUGCAGAGCGCCGGUAGCGUCGGCGGGGCCGGCACGGCUCAGGUCCCCGUGGAGGAGUCGGGGAGCUUCGGCUCUCACCACCAAAACCAGAACUAUUGCUACCAGGUAUGUCUGACUCCGGAGUCCGCCAAAACCGACCUCAUGUUCCUAAAGCCGCGUAGUCCGUCUAGGAGCACAGACACCGAUCACAACCCGUGCGGGGCCAUAGUGACAGGGUACACAGACCAGCAGCCCGACAUCAUAUCAAACGGCAGCAUUUUGUCAAACGAGACCAAACACCAGCGAGCUGAACUCAGCUACCUGGUGGACAGGCCGAGACGUGUCAACAGCUCGGCGUUCCAGGAGGCGGACAUGGUGAGCUCCAAAGACAGCGGCCACGGAGACAGCGAGCAGGGAGACAGCGACCACGACGCCACCAACCGAGGCCAUUCCUCUGGCGCCGAUCUCUUCUCCAACUGCACGGAGGAGUGCAAGGCUCUGGGCCACUCCGACCGCUGCUGGAUGCCCAGCUUCGUGGCCUCCGACGGGCGCCAGGGCCCGGACUACCGCAGCAACCUGCACGUGCCGGGCAUGGACUCGGUCCCGGACACAGAGGUAUUUGAACCCCCCGAGCAAACGGCCGAUAGGUCAUUCUCCACCUUUGGCAAGGAGACGCCUGUCAGUCAACAACACCUCCACCUCCACCUCCACCAAAACCACCACCACCAGCAGCACCACCAACUCCUCAAAAACCAUCACCUCAGCCACCAGCAGAGCUCCCUAGAGAGGGAAGAGUCGGAUGUAUUUCCGCCCAUUUCCCGAGCGCCUUAUAAGCCGGCUUAUUUGACGGGGAAAAGGGUUUGCUAGCUCCUUCCGCGUGGACAUACCGGAGACGGCGUGACUUUGCACAAUCGCUCCCCCGACGACCGAGGCUACAUAUAUAUAAAUAUCUCUCUCUAUAUAUAUGUGUGUAAGAAAGAGCAUCACGUUUCCAACCCAUACGCCCUCCCCGCCCUCAUCCCUCCUCACCCAGCGAGAAUCUACAGAAGACACACACGACACCACGAGGAACCGAACCCCCAACCCUCCUCUCUGGAAUUUCCUUGGAGCUUUGGAGGGCCCCCCCUACCCUCUCUACUCUCAGGAUUAGGAGACGUUUGGGAGGGGUGAUGGACGGGUGCAGGCAGGUAGACGAAUAAGCCUUACCGGGAGGACCCCGUUGUCUCAGCGGGACUGAGAAAACUAACAGAGGCGGCCGGAGGAGGGACGGCAGGCGGCGACGGACGGGACGCCGACCUCUCCGACCCCUUUGCCAAUCUGCGAGUGCCUGUUUACAGUACUGACGGGUACUUCUUUGAGGAGAGAGACCACAUGUGUGUACUGAGAGACAAAUCAGAACCAGAGCCACCCAGAGAAAUAAAAAAAUAAUAAAACAAGAAAAAGAAAACCCGCCACUGAGCCCUUUAGGCGUUUUUCCUCGCAGAGAGACGCCAACAUUGUACAGGAGAAUCUUUUGUGCAUUUCAAAAUGCAACACCACUGUUUUAGAUUUUUCUAUUCUGUUCGUGCGGUCAGGUGUCUCUCUACCCGAUCUACUUUGGACAUUUGUAUGAAAAGAUUGUGGGCAGGAUAUGUAUUUUUUUUUGACGAGUUCUGUUCACGGUUCUGUUUCCUUUUUUUUUCCGAUUGGGAGGGAGGGAGGGAGGGGGGGGGGGUCCAUCACACAUCGCAGGCUCGGGGGCUUUGUUUACCUGCACCAUCUUUCUGAUUCUGAGACGUCGAGUAGUUUUCUAUCAUGUGUGAGAAGUGUUUACUGUACUCUUUUUAAGUUUGGAGCUGAAUAUAAAACUCUCUCUCUCUCUAUAUAUAUAUAUAUAUGUAUAAAUAUAAAUCUAUAUCUACUUGUUCUGAAGGUGUGCUAUCCGUUUGCUGGGUUCCACGUUUUUGAUAAAGUGGUCUGACUUUAAAUGCCCCUGAAGAAGGCUUUUAGGGUCUCCCCCCCCCCCCCCCCCAGCGAGACACACAAAGAGACAGAACAGCCUUAGCCGAUGUUAAACUCAAGUUCUCAUUGUUUGACAUCACUUCAUGAUUUCUUUUAUUCCUCUCUCUCCACUUUUGGAUAUUGAUAAAGACCAUGUCUAUGAAAAAAAAAAGUUAAUAAUUUAGAUUGCAAUCCAUGUUAAUUCUGUGUCAUUGUAACCAACUUUAAGGGUCCAUUUAUAAAGAAAGGGAACUAAAGACGUGGUUUGCGGUGUUGUACGCGACGCAGUCGAAUGGUGGAGGAGACUCACAUUUCUUUCUCACACAUUACGAACACAAACACACCGAUAUGCCGAUGAUAAACUGAAAAGAGGUGGUCAAAAAGGUGGGGGUCUUAUGUGCUUUUGUUUUUUGACACCUGUCCUGGUCGUACUGCAGAAAGUACGGCUGCGGUCAAAUAGUCUCUUUUUUGGGGGGAUUUUUUUUUUUUUGCUCAGGAAGCUUCAUCACUGAGUGAAAUGACCCGGAUGAAUUGAAGUGUCAGACGUGAUAAGAGCUGAAGGAAUCCUCCAAAUGCUGAGGAAGGGCGCUUCCUAGCUCCCCGCCUUAUCUCCUUCAGCAUAGGAUACACUGGACCAUCCUUUGUGGAAGGGAAAAGGAGAUAAUGGCGUCCCACAAUCCCUUGCAGCGGGCAAAAUUCAAGGCGACGACCCAACCGCUCGGCCAGUCGGUAACAUCCCGGCCCCGUCACAUCGAACACUGGACACACUGAAAAGAGCCUUCUAUGUGGAGGUGGGACUCCAUUUUGGACACAAUGAGUCAGGAAGGAGUUUGUUGUUUUCUAAGUGUUAUAAAUAAAGUUGCUUUGAAAAAAAAAUC